AUGAAGAGGGGUUGCACUACCAGAACCAUUGUCGAUCCUCAUAAAUCUUUCGAGAAGACUAAGGCUACUAAGGAACAUGUUAUUGAUGGAUGGGAGCCAGAGGCCAAAUUGCCAGCUGCCCAGCCGGUUCAUGCACUUGAUAGAAGGAAUUGCAUCCCAAGUUUUGGACCUUUGGGUGCAGAAAUACUGGUUAGAAAAGAUGAGGAAAUUCUAAGAAAAAUCAAUUUGAUAAGUGAAUGCAUUCGUUAUUUAGCUCCUUCGGAUUAA